AUGACAACGAGGUGUUUGUGUCAGAUCUGUAGUUUCUGUCUCUGAUACCAGUGUGUCGUUUUAAAUAUUAUAUAACAUAAUUUCAGAAUUUAAAUAAAAUAACAUGUCCAUUCUCUGUUAGUCAACUCUUCAGCCAGUUAAAGAGGUUAGCUAGCAAUUUAGCUGCCUAGCUUAGCUUUAGCUUUGCGUGUUGUGCUAUAUAAUAUACUGGAGUUUGUGAAAAUGUUAAAAGUGAAAAAUCUAAAAGUGAAAAUUCUUUUAAUUGGACCACGUGAGAGUGGGAAGACAGUCUUGGCCAAUUUCCUGUCUGACACAGUGGAGACAAUCGGAGGUGAUUACAGCCCGACCCAGGGAGUCAGGAUAUUGGAGUUUGAGUCCCAAAAUUUGGGAAAUGGGACCAAAGACAGUGCUUGUGAAGUGGAGCUGUGGGAUUGUUCAGGAGAUUUCAAGUUUGAAGCAUGCUGGUCAGCUAUAUUGAAAGACUCCAGUGGAGUGGUCGUUGUAUUUAACCCUGACGUUCCCAGUCACCUUACAGAAGCAGAGACCUGGUACUCGACAUUCAUCUCGUCUCAAAGGCUACAGGCAGGACAGUGUCUGCUCAUAGCACACCACAAGCCUGGUAGUGGAGCAGAUACAUCGCGCCCUCACUUAGCCCCUCAGUUGAACAAGCUGCCUCUCAUUCAUUCCAACCUAGACGAAGACCCUGAAGGGGUGCGUCAGGAGUUCCGGACAUAUCUAGGAAACGUUGUCCAGAGCUUGUCAGAAAGCCGGGAACGUGAAGAGAUGUCCAUUAUAGCAUAACCAUUACGUUUUAUAUUCAGACUGCAUUAUAUACAGGUAACAUGAAUUAGGACUAAUGAAAUUAAUAGGAAUUAGUGAGCUCUGUCUACUGCAUCUGUAGCGUGUGUGAUUGCCACAGGCAGGAAUUUCUCAUGAUUCCAUGUAAUAAGGGGGGAAAAAAACAACCUACUGGCAUGUAAUGGAAGUGUUAAGGGCAGUUGUUUGACUCCAGAGAUAAACAUUUGAAAUAUGUGACGUUAAUUCAUAACUACAGCCAUUACAAAAGCCAUAGGAUAAGACAAACUACGCUGUUUUUAUGGAAUUUUAUCUGAUUUUCCAACACUGGAGCGAUAUUAAAAAGUAAAUCCAGUUACUCGUACUUUCUCUAAGGUGCUGUGGUAUCCCUGGACCAUCAGACUCUCACCGUGUCCGAAAUCACUCGCUCGUUCACUACUCCCUAUAUAGAGGACUAUAUAGUGAGCCCAUUGAUAAAAUGAAAAAAGACUUUCAGCCACUAGUCCGUCACACAAUUAAAACGUGCCAGAUCAGUCGGCUGGUGGGUUUUCAAAAUAAUAAACGCGUGCAUGUGUUUUUAUGAUAAAUCCAUAUUAUACUAAGCGCAUUUCCUACAUUAAUCAAUACAAAAGUACCUGCAUCUUUCAGUUCUUUUAAAUCAAGGCUGAAUACUUUUUCUUCUUUGCCGCUGCCUUUUAUUAAAUUGAAUUUGAGACUUAGAUUUCCUUCAGCGUGACCAUAAUGCAUGAUGGGAUAUAUUGCUUGGUUAGUGACCAUUGGUUGUACACUACUUUUCGUGAUGCAUUGCAGGGUACUUGGAGCGCACUAUAUAGUGUAAAUAAUCCUCGCUAAGGUUUCGGACAGCACUACAAAAUUGCGACCCCACUAUAUAGUGAGUAGGGAGCGAUUUCGGACACUCACAUUAACACGUAAACACAAUCUCUCUGAAAAAGGAGUCGUUUCUCUGAAAGAACAAAAAUUGCACAGAUUUACAAGCUGUAGAAUUUCAAUGUUCUAAUAAAUUAUGGGUUUUAUGCAAGUUUCACAAAAUUCAACGACUUCCAAUGCGAGUUGUAAGGAGUAAGUGUCUUCUGCUCUUUCUCAGUACAGGUAACAAAAUUACCAGUGCAGAGAACUUUGAUGACCCGUACACUACAGAUGCAGCAGACAAAUUACAUUGAAGUGGGGGUUGUUUUACAAUCAGGUUUGUGUCGCAGGGGUCCAAAAUUCAAAUUGAUUCAAACUGGUUCUUGUACCAGUUUUUAAGUGAAGGACAAGUUAAAGAACAGAUUUCAGGUAAUUUUUUGACGUGUGUAUGGUAGUUUUGUGUAAUCUGCUAUAAGAUGGGAGAAACAAAUGAAGUGAUUCUUGGAGAGGACUUUUUUUUGACAAUUCAGAAUCCACUACUUCCAUAGUGCUUUUACAUAUAAGACUGUAAGCUUUGUGUUAGUUGUCUCUAAUAUUUAUGUCCCAAUAUCUUGACCACAUUUUAGGAUGAAAAUAAUCAUUUUAGAUAUGUUAUUUUAUAUUGAAAAAUUAGCUGUCUCGGA